AUGAAGUUUGUCUCUACCUUGUUCGCUAUCAUGGCUACUUUUGCCGCCACUGAAGCGUCCCCAGCCGAUGACAAUCUUGGCUGUGAGCCUGGUACCUAUCAAUGUGAUGGAACCACAGGUUGGGAAGUCUGCGACACCAGUGCCGUGUUUGUUUUCGCAGGCUCUUGCCCCCCUGAGACCGUUUGCAAGUUCUUCGAAGGCAGCAAGAGCCCCUACUGUGUUCCUCCAGAUUUCGAGAUCUACUAG